AAGUGAUGCUGUGCAAAGAAGCCCCAGUUAGACUCCUCAAGUAGAUACAACAGGGAAGGAGGAGGUGUGUUUAGCAGUCAUUGUUGGGGGGAAAAUCCGUGACAGCAGCAGCGAAGCACUGGCCAGCGUAGCACUGAAUGAGACACUCACCCUUCCACAUCACAUCGCCGUGCCAACUCCAUUUGUAACAGGUAACACUGCCAUAAGCCAAGACAUUCAUAAGCCUAGCGCAGAUAAUUCCGUGGGGCCAGAACAUCAUAUCAUCUCCGUCAGUAACAAGCUAAGUGACAACACCUGGAGACAUUUGGCCUAUCUAGACAAUAUCCACUGAGACCCAGAAAUGGAACAGCAGGAAGAUUGAUGCUGAAUACAGUGGAAGAACUAACCUACUUUAUGAAUUAAAAAGAUUUCAUACGUAUAUGCUUUCAGUUCACAUCUAUAUUGAGACACAAUGAGAACUUUCAGUUGCUUGUUUCUUAUAUUCUGUGUUAGUCUGCCCCAACAAAGCAUUGCAACUCCACUGCCAGAAAGGACUAGUACUACCACCCAACCAACAAUAGCCACUCAGCAGCUUUAUGACGAAAAUGAGAAGGAACGAAGUCGCUCUAAAAGGAGCUGGAUGUGGAAUCAAUUUUUUCUGCUUGAAGAAUACACUGGAAAUGAUUAUCAAUAUGUUGGAAAGCUUCACUCAGACCAGGAUAAAGGGGACGGAACAUUGAAAUACAUCCUCUCUGGAGAUGGAGCUGGGGAUUUAUUUGUUAUCAAUGAAAAAACAGGAGACAUUCAAGCAACAAGAAGACUUGAUAGGGAAGAGAAGCCAGAGUAUAGGUUACGUGCACAGGCCGUGAAGAACAACACUGGAAUACCUGUUGAGCCCGUAUCUGAGUUUGUCAUCAAGAUUCAUGAUAUUAAUGAUAAUGAACCAAAAUUUACUAAAGAUCUUUACACUGCCACUGUUCCAGAAAUGUCCGAAGUAGGAACAUUUGUCGUUCAAGUUACAGCCACUGAUGCUGACGAUCCAACUUACGGAAACAGUGCAAAAGUCGUCUACAGUAUUCUAAUGGGACAACCAUAUUUCUCAGUCGAAUCUGAGACAGGUAUUAUCAGGACGGCACUGCCAAACAUGGACAGAGAAAACAGGCAACAAUAUCAAGUUGUUAUCCAAGCCAAAGACAUGGGUGGGCAGAUGGGAGGACUAUCUGGGACCACAGAAGUAAAUAUCACUUUGUCUGAUGUCAAUGACAAUCCUCCUCGAUUCAUUCAGAGUGCCUAUCAGCUCAGAACCCUGGAGUCUUCCCCUGUGGGUUCAUCAAUUGGCAGAAUCAAAGCUAAUGAUCUAGAUGAAGGUGAAAAUGCAGAGACGGAAUACCAUAUUAGUGAAGGAGACGAAUCCAACAUGUUUGAUAUCAUCACAGACAGGGAAACACAGGAAGGAGUAAUAAUUGUAAAAAAGGCAUUGGACUACGAAAAAAAGAGACUCUAUGUUUUAAAAGUUGAAGCGGUCAACAGUCAUAUAAAUCCACAAUUUUUUCACAUCGGUCCCUUUAAGGAUUAUGCCACUGUAAGAAUUAUGGUGGACGAUGUAGAUGAACCCCCAGUAUUCAACAAGCCUGCUUAUGUAUUUGAGGUGAAGGAAGAUGCAAAAAUAAACAGUAUUAUUGGGGUAGUCUCUGCCCAAGAUCCAGAUGCUGCUAGAAGCACUGUGAAGUAUUCUGUCGACCGGCACACUGAUAUGGACAGAUUGUUCAACAUUGAUUCUGGAAAUGGAUCAAUUUAUACAUCGAAGUCGCUUGAUCGAGAAACACUACUUUGGCAUAACAUAACUGUAAUCGCAACUGAGAUCAGUAACCCUAAAGAAAGCAGCCAUGUUCCUGUUUUUAUUAAGGUUCUGGAUGUAAAUGACAAUGCCCCAGAGUUUGACAAACUGUAUGAGAUCUUUGUCUGUGAAAAUGCAAAGGCAGAACAGAUAAUACAUACUGUAAGUGCAAUGGAUAAAGAUGAACCACCAUUUGGGCACCAGUUUUCAUAUUAUUUAGCUACUCCAGCAUCCUACAACCCAAACUUCACUGUCAAAGACAACAGAGAUAAUACAGCCAGUAUAUUAACACGGAGAAAUGGAUACAGUCGCCAUGAGAUGAACACAUACCUAUUGCCAGUGGUUAUUUCUGAUCGUGGUUAUCCCAUUCAGAGCAGUACUAGUACUCUAACUAUUCGCGCGUGUGCCUGUGAUCACAAGGGUAACAUGCAGUCAUGCAGCGCUGAAGCAUUAAUUCAUCCUACAGGCUUAAGCACAGGAGCAUUGAUUGCAAUUCUCCUCUGCAUCAUUAUCUUGCUAGUGACAGUUGUGCUGUUUGCGGCUCUAAGACGACAGAGAAAGAAAGAAUCUCUUAUUGUUUCUAAAGAAGAUAUUAGAGACAACAUUGUGAGUUACAAUGAUGAAGGUGGUGGAGAGGAAGACACACAAGCUUUUGACAUUGGUACAUUGAGAAAUCCGGAAGCCAUGGAAGACAACAAAUUGCGCCGAGAUAUUGUACCCGAAACGCUCUUUUUUCCUCGCCGAACUCAAGCAGCACGAGAUAACACUGAUGUCAGAGAUUUCAUUAACCAAAGGUUGAAAGAAAAUGAUAUGGAUCCAACUGCUCCUCCUUAUGAUUCAUUAGCGACUUACGCCUACGAAGGAAAUGGCUCAGUAGCUGAGUCUCUCAGUUCUUUGGAUUCAGUUACUACUGAUGGAGAUCAAGACUAUGAUUACCUUAGUGACUGGGGACCACGGUUUAAAAAACUGGCGGAUAUGUACGGAGGAGCAGACAGUGACAAAGACUCAUAAUAUACUACUGCCUUUUUGAUUUUCAUCUCUGGAGGAAACAAAAAAUCGUCAUUUAGAAAUGAGGAGUAGCUAUAUUAAUGGCUCUCUAAAAGGGUCCUCUGCUCAAAAAAUUGUUUAAUAUUUGAAUAUUGUGCAGAUUUAAUGUCAGAGACUUUUUAUAGUACACUUUAUGAGCUUCCAAGAGGCAUUUUCUCAUUUGUUGCUUUGCUUUUUUAUAUAACCAUAUUUUAGUCUACCCUUUUUACCUAAUCAGUCUUAUAGACACUGUAGAAAAAGGGACGAGGAAGCGAGCAAUAUUUGUACACAGACCACUCUCACUAAUGUGUUUGUUUCCUUUAACCUAAUCAGUCAGCUGUUUUUUUUUUGUGCCCCUAUGAACCUCUUAAUCACUGAACAUUUUAUUAUUUUUCUGAAGUGAGAGUUUCAUGUGAUGAACAAUUUUUGGUAAAGCUGAAUAUAAUAUAAAUCAAGCAGUUACUUCAACAGACAAUGUUAACUUUACUAUGUAUGCCAAAUUAGUUUUUCUAGGUACACAAUAAUAAAUGCAGUCACUGACUUUUUUUAUGAGUACUGCUUGCCCUUAACGUUCAAUUAUUAGAAAAGGUUUCAUCUUUGACACAAGCUAACAAAAAAUGAGACACACCUGGACCCUUUUUUUAUUUUCAUAUGCAGACAUUUUCAUAACUGUUUCAGUAUAAAAUAUUUUUGUCAUAAUAGAUGUGCGAAGACAAUACCAACUUGUCAAGUGUAAAAGCUUUGUGAAGUAGAAAAAAAAAACUAGGAUGACAUUUCUGUUCAGAAUUUUAUCAAACAGCAACAUGUAUAUUAGAAUCGUAACGGGGUGUUCUAACCAGGUAACCCCAGAAAAUGUCAAUCAAAACACACAGAUAAACAAGAUUCCUUUUUUUAUAUACAUAUUUGACGUUAUUAAUAAAUGUAAAAAAAUUGAUUCAUAUACACACAAAAAAUGGAAUCUAACGUUUACUGUAUCACUGAAAUAUGUGAAAACAUGGAGGACUCUUGGAUAUGUUUGUUUUGGAAUUUAAGUGGGGACUUACCUAUUUCCAUGAAGGAGAGAACUUGUAUUAUCUACUGACUAAUGUUAAUUUCAGUCAAUUGAUAUUAUUUCAGUGUAAUUCUUUUUUUCUUCUUGUUUUAUUUAAAUAAUUAUAAAACAUUUUUUUUUUAUA